AUGAAUCCCAAAACGAUACUACUCCUUUUAACCACAAUAACCCUUUCAACCGCAAUCCCCUUCUCUCAGCAGCAGACCCCAGCCUCAACCCCAACUAAACAAUCCGCACACCCAGCGCUGAGCUCUAUUGCUGCCUCUGCCUCUGUCUCACCAAAGGCAAACAAUGGUAUCUGUCCAGACACCCAUCGGUCCAAACAAUGUUGUCAGAGCAUCGACUCCAUCGCAGAGGGCAUCACUAAGCCAUUGGGCCAGCUUAUUCCAUUAUUAGAUGGGGCAACGGUAAAAAGUAUCCUCUCGCUUGAUUUCUUUUUGUAUAUAUUGCCGCGCAGCUGCUGA